AUGACCGAUAGCACUAAAUGGGCAAACACUGAGGAUGGCUCGUUCAAGAGACAGGUUUCUUCUUUCAGAGACACCAUCUCUUCUUCACACGCCAUUUUCAAACCCGCCAAGAACCGUUACUGGCUUUACGUUUCGUUAGCGUGCCCUUGGGCGCACCGGACUCUGAUCACCAGGGCGCUAAAAGGGCUCACGUCUGUGAUUGGCGUGUCUGUGGUGCAUUGGAACAUGGACACCAAGGGUUGGCGGUUUUUGCCUUACGAGGAAAACGCUGGAAGCGGAGAAUCCAGUAAAUCUAACGGACCUUUUGGCUAUACUGGCAUUCCUUGCUCGCCCAAUUCAGGACCUACCGCGGGCAUUGCAAACGACUCCACAAGAGUUGGCGUGGACGGCACCAUCGAGCAUAACUAUCACUACAAGCGGAUCAGCGAUCUAUACUACAAGGCCAACCCCGACUACAAUGCCAGAUUCACAGUACCCGUGUUGUGGGAUUUGGAGACCGAAACCAUUGUGAACAACGAGAGCUCUGAGAUCAUCCGGAUUUUCAAUAGCGGUGUUUUCGACGAGUUUGCGGACCAGCAAGUGAGACGCAUUGAUUUGUUGCCCAAGGACUUGGAGCCAAAGAUCGACGAAAUUAACAGCUGGGUCUAUAACAGUAUCAACAACGGGGUGUACAAGACCGGUUUCGCAGAAUCGCAACAGGUGUAUGAGAAAGAGGUUGUCAACGUUUUCGAGCACUUGCAAAAACUCGAGCACAUGCUGCAAGUGAACUACGACAGUGCGGUUAGCAAGUACGGAGAGAAAGAAGCGGUUUCUAAGCUUUUUUUGCUCAAUGAGCAAUUGACAGAGGCGGACCUCAGACUGUAUCCGACAAUUGUGCGGUUCGACCCGGUUUACGUGCAACAUUUCAAGUGCAAUUUGUCUACAAUCAGAGACGGAUUCAAAAUGAUCGAUCUGUGGCUACGAAACCUGUACUGGAAUAUCGAUGCGUUCCGGGAGACGACAAGCUUCGAACACAUCAAGCUCCACUAUACCAGAAGCCAUCCCAGGAUCAACCCAUUGGGAAUCACUCCUUUGGGGCCUAUUCCGGCCAUUCUGCCCUUGUGA